AUGACUCUGGGUUACAACAUCUAUGAGAACUAUUCUAAUGCAAAAAUUACUUAUGAUGCGGUGAUAGACCUGCAGUCUGGUGAACAGAAGAAUGUUCCAAACUACAGCUGUGGAGGACGGAAUACGCUCCUGGCCGUUCUUGAAGGGGUCAACUCCAAAACCUCCAACCAGAUUUCUACCAUGUUAAGCAUCUAUAAAAUACCUCAGAUCAGCUAUAGUUUGGAGGACCGUGGGUUCAAAGAUGAGACUCAGCUUCCCUUUUUGUACCAGAUGGCCCCAAAGCAAGAUUCAUUUUUCAUGGGGAUUGUGAAGAUGCUCCUGCAUUUCAGAUGGACGUGGAUCGGUCUCCUUGCUUCAGAUAAUGCCCAAGGAGAAAGAUUCCUGAGGACUAUGGCCCAUGUGUUUCUCAGGAGUGCGAUUUGCAUUGCCUUCCAACACAGCAUCCCAGAACCAAAUGGUGAUGGAAUCGAGUUUCUUUCCCACGCAUAUUACAUUUACAUGCAAAGAAAAUGUAAUGUGUUUAUUUUCCAUGGAGACUCCUACUCCAUGCUUACAGUUGGGGUUUUGAUUAAAGACAUUGAGAAAACAAAAAAAUCCAUUGUGGGAAAAGUCUGGAUCACAGUAAUCUUGAAUGAUUUCAACUUGAGUUUAUUUUUGAAGAUGUUUGAUAUCCAUGGUUCUUUUUCCUUUCUGACCCAAGCAAACAGCAACACUGACUAUGACAAUUUGGGCUCCUUUCUCCGUACUCCCAGUAUAAUUGGAGAGGGAACAUUUCAUUGCUCCUAUUCAAAUGAUGGAUUGCCUGUGAAAGGCUGGACAAGAUGCAGAGAGAAAGAGGAGCGGAUAACCCCGUCCCAUGAGGAUCUUGAAAGGAUACUGUCUCAGAAUAGCUACAUCAUUUACAACUCUAUCCAGGUGGUGACACAUGCCUUAAGUGCUGCCUUCUUAUCCAGAUCUAAUCAGAAGUUGAGAGGAGGCUGGCUGGGACUUCAGAAGCUGCAGCCAUGGCAGCUUCAUCCAUUCCUGAGAAACAUUCAGUCUUACAAGAAUUCCACAGAAGGAAUUUAUUUUGAUGAGAAUGGGGACAUGGCAGUGGAUUUCGAUAUUGUGAACUGGGUGGCAAUGCCCAAUCAGUCUCUUAUAAGAGUGAAAGUUGGGAGUGUGGAGAGACAUGCUGCUCCAGAGAUAAAGUUCACCAUAGAUCAAGAUGCCAUUGUGUGGCCCAAAUGGUUUAAAGAGACACUGCCUCAUUCUAGGUGCACUGAGAUCUGCCUUCCUGGGUACACUAAAGUAAUCAAGGAAGGAAAACCAAUUUGCUGCUACGACUGUUCUCCCUGUGGGGAAGGCACAAUCUCCACUCAAGAAGAUGCAAGUCAUUGUGAUAAGUGUCCACAAGAUCAUCAGCCAAACAUGUUCCAAGACCAAUGUAUUCCCAAGCAUAUCACCUUCCUGUCCUAUGAAGAACCUUUGGGGAUCAUCCUAAAUGUACUUACUCUUUCCUUCAUCCUCAUCACAUGUUUUGUCUUGGGAAUCUUUAUCAAAUACUUAGAAACGCCACUGGUCAAAGCCAACAAUUGCAGCCUCUCUUAUGUUCUCCUCAUCUCCCUCCUGCUUUCUUUCUUUUCCUCUUUUCUCUUUAUUGGUCAGCCCCAGAAGGUGACCUGUCUUCUCCGACAAACUGCCUUCAGCACUAUCUUCUCCUUUGCUGUCUCUUCUGUGUUGGCCAAAACUGUCACUGUGGUGGUGGCCUUCAUGGCUUCAAAGCCUGGGAGCAGGAUGAGGAAAUGGCUGGGAAAGAGCUUGGCCAACUUCAUUGUCUGUUCCUGUUCCAGUAUUCAAGUGGGCAUCUGCACUCUCUGGCUGGGCAUCUCUCCCCCCUUCCUAGAGUCUGACAUACACUCCCAGUCAGGACAGAUCGUACUGCAAUGUAAUGAAGGGUCUGUGGCCAUGUUUUAUGCUGCCCUUGGCUACAUGGGGUUUCUGGCUGCUAUCUGCUUUACUGUAGCCUUCCUAGCUAGAAAGCUGCCUGGGUCAUUCAAUGAAGCCAAGCUGAUCACUUUCAGCAUGUUGGUGUUCUGCAGUGUUUGGGUGUCCUUUGUGCCCACCUACCUGAGCACUAAGGGGAAAUACAUGGUUGCUGUGCAGGUCUUCUCUAUCUUGGCCUCCAGCUUGGGCUUACUGGGCUGCAUCUUUCUUCCCAAGUGCUACAUUAUUCUACUGAGGCCUCAUCUGAAUACAAAGGAACAACUAAUGGUGAAACAAAAAGAUGGUUUCUGA